UCAACAAAUCUGCCCGUCCUUGCACGUAGUUUAGAAGGUGGUUCCAUUCCCUUCCUCAGAGGAGAGAGAAAGUGAGGAGGCAAACACCCUACAGGCCACAGAGCACAUAACCAAACAACACCCAUCCAAAAACCCCAAAAGGAGGAAAAAAAGGAGAGAGAAAACCACGCAGUCGUUUGCUCAGACAAAACAAGAACAAGAACACUUCCCUCUCUCUCGCUCCCUCCCUCUCCCUCUCUCCGCCCCUGGCCCAUCAGAUCCAAUUCCUUCCCCGACCCCCAUGCCGGAUCCGCCGCAAUUCCUUCCCAUCUCGAGCUCGAUUGCUUCCUCGACGUGAAAUUUGCCUUUUUUGGCUGCAAAAAUCCUGCCUUGGCCGGCGACUUGGGGGCUUGAGAGGUGGGGGGCGCUUCUGCUGGGCUUCUCGGGGCCAUGGGCGUGGUGGUGCCCGCCAGGCUGGUCGUUCGCCGGAUGCUGAGGGUCGUCAGGCUCAAUCCGCUGCAGCGCAGUGCCAUGAGUCGUUGAGGUGACUUCUCCUGAACCCAUUCAGCUUAGGAAGUAUACUAUUGGUUGCUCCUCCAGCUAGGCAGGUUGAGCUAUCCAUUUAGCUCCAAACAGUGAAGAGACGCAUUGUAUACGUGUGUUGAGUUGGCUCUCAAAUAUCCCAUCGGUGUCCUGUGCUGUGAAGGUCACAUAAUCCACUUGGCUACAUUCCGGGGUAAUAGGAAUCGCAGCACGAUCAAUGCAGGCUUCUUGAUUUGCGUUGUUUGACUGGUCUGUUGACCAUAUUGGAACAAGAAUGGGGGCAAAAGUAGAAGGUGAAAGCUAUAUGCCAGGAUAUCAUGCCAUGGGGGAUCUCAACGUGGAAGCAAAUGGUAGGUGGACUCCAUACUAUGAGGAGAAGACAUCAAAUGGACAGUUGUGCAACGGCUUUACAAUAAAACCGACAGAUAGUUAUUCAGAAUUUGACAAAGAAAUGCUGAAGCACACAAUGCUUGAACAUGAAGCUGUAUUUAGACAGCAGGUAUAUGAACUGCACCGGGUUUACAAAAUACAGAGGGAUAUGAUGAAACAUUAUCAAAGCAAAGAGGUAUAUGCAUACCCAAUGCUGGCAGACGCAUCACAGACAAACUCUCCAUCACAAGUGCCACCAAAUGGUGCAAAGAUGAUGUGGCAGAUGCAGGUACCUCCUGUGUCCACAACAUACAAAAAAACUCCUGUUGCAGAUCACAAUGAUACAAACCAGUCCUCCAUGAAGUUCCUUAGAGAAGGCAGUGUGCAGUCCUCUCCAAAUGGGUUUCCAUCAAGUGAUGCUGCUCCAAAAAGCAGACAAGGCACUUUUGACCUUCACCUUCCAGCUGACCAUUAUAUAGAUGAUGACAACGCAUCGGAGAACAAACCCAUAGAUUUCCUUGGUUUGGCAUCAGAUACAAAACCUCAGAACGAUGCUGACCUCACAUUAGUUAGUGCAGAAGGCUUGGGGAGGUUCAGUGGUAAUAGUUCAACAUCAGGUUUGUGGACUACAAAUAAUCUGGGAGGCCGGCAAGUUACUGACCUGAAUGAGCCAAAUACUGGUAUCUUUACGAGUAGAGCAAAUGGAUCAGUAUGCAGAGGCCUUUCACAUACCUUGGAGACCUCGUGGCAUCAAUCAAUGUUGAGAUCAAGCACAACUAACUUCAGUUUUAAUAAAGAAUACUCCAAAGACAAGCAUACUGAUGAAGGGACAAGCUCAAAUUUCUUUGAUGCAAGUGCAAAAAUGAGACAAGAGGAGAAACCAUUGAUCAAUAAAGGUAAACAGGUCAGCAGUAUAAAUUUUUUAGCACCCAGAUACAGUGAUACCGAUGCGCAGAAGUACUUCAAAGCUGCUGAUGGGAGGCCUGCCAACAAUAACCAGUUUGUUUACCAAGGUCACAAUAGUUCAGUUGGAUGGUUUGCACGAGGUCCUCUGGAACCCUCUGCUGUCAAUAGUUUUGCUAGACUUGACCGUCCACAUCAUUCAAGUAUGGGUACACUUGCUGCUCCCAUCUCUAUUCCUCAGAUGGACCAUCCUUCCAUUGCCUCCCCGAUGGGUUCAUGCAUUGUAGACCCAAGGAGCAGUGUUGUCAAUAGUCCUGCUUUCAUUCCAAGAUUCAAUGGAUCGUCAGCUGUGAAUUCAUACACCAGUCUUAGUGCUGUGACACAGAGCUUUGGAAUGUUGACCCCGAAGCUGAAAAAUGUGAAUAACUUAGAUGGCCGCUAUCCUGGUUUUCCACUUGAUUCAUUUUCUGCAUCACAUUCACGACAUCAGGUAGCAAUUUGUAGUGACUUGGAGCAAAAGAAUGCCCAGAAGUUUGAACAUUCAGCUCGACAGUCCCAUGGCAAGGGCACGAAGAACUUUAAUUUGAAUGAAGCACUGUCUGAUGGUCAGGAAGAUGGUCUUGUAGAACAAGCUGGGAGAUGUGCUGACAGUUUACAACAUAGUAAAGAUGAGGGAUCCGUAUUUGGGAUCUCUUGGCUCAAAAAUAAAGCUUCCUGCGCUGAUCCAACAUUUUUGGAGAAGCAAGGGAAGCUGUUUGGCCAUUCAUUUGGAACUGCAAUGGAGCUGAAAAAUACUGAAGACAGAAACGAAGGGGCCCUGACAAUUCGAAAUUUGUCAGAUUCUGCCUCGACAUCCGGAGGAUGCGGAAUUAAGAAGGAUGGGGCUUCUGAAGACAUUGCCGCUAGAACUCUGCUUGUUUGUAGUAAGACCCAUGAGAGUUCUACAUAUUUACCUCUUUCAUGCCAGAAGCAUGUGCCUAAAGAUGGACAAGCUGCUGAAGGAGUCAUCAAGAAAAGUGGUGCCCCCAUCAGGAAUUUCAUUGAUCUAAACGAUGAUGUACCAAACGAAGACAAUUCAGAGGAAUCAGUAGUGUCGCAUGAAUGUCAGGUGGCCUCCUUACAGAACAGCCAAUCUAAACGUGCAUUUGUGAUUGACCUAGAGGUGCCAGCUUGUGAAGAGGGCGCUGAGGCAUGGACUUUUCAUCAAGAAUGCACACGUCCUGGCAAACUUGAUGCAUACCAGGAUGCUGACGACACAUCUGUUACAUCUGCUAUAGCCGCAGCUGAGAACAUUGUUGCGUUGUCGAUGGAUAUGCCAACAACUGCAGAGGCACCUGAUGAUAUGUUGCAGUGGUUUGCAGAUCUCGCUAUAUCAAACAUCGAUGACCGUGCUGAGCAAGUGGAAGCCCAAGCUUGCAUCAAUGAUUCCAGUGAUGAUGAGUUGGAUUCAUUUGAAUCCUUGACACUGAAGCUGGAAGAGACUAAGAUUGAUGAGUACUGGAGCAGGCCACAGGAACCUGCAAUUACAACCGAUGAACAAACAGUUUCAGCCAUCCACCUCCUCACCAAGCCUAGAAGGGGUCAGCAAAGGAGGCGGCGGCAGAAGCGGGACUUCCAGAAAGAUAUCUUGCCUGGCCUUUCGUCACUUUCCCGGCCUGAAAUCAUAGAGGAUGUUCAGUUACUUGAGGGGUUAGUGCAGGCUUCUGGUGGAUCCUGGGAGUCAAGUUUAAGUAGGCGAGGACGCUACGGCGGGCGGACAAGAGGUAGAAAACCUCGCAAAGUUGUAACUGUAACUGUAGAAGAGCCAGAGGAGGUCCAGGUCAGUGCGCCGCCAAAACCUGGCACUGGAGACUUGGAAGCCGACGACAAGGGUAUGAUUGGAUGGGGACGAACAACAAGGCGGUGUCGCAGAACGAGAUGUCCGUCAGGUAGUAACAUUUCUGCUGCGUCUUGAGAGAUCUUGCCAGCAAACGUUGGGUAGUCCCCAUUUGUUAUAGAGAUUCCGAUGGACUGGUAUAAGGUGAUCACGGUCAUGAGUGUACAUACUUUGUCGCCCUAUUUGGCCUCCCAUCUUCCAUGCUUUUGGGUCGAAACAUGGUGUACGUUCUUAUAAUAAAUUCGUAAACUAGCUGAUAAUUAAGACAUUUCUGCAGCAGCAUUGUAUUAAGCUGUUCCAGGUUAUGAGGUCUGGUGUAGUUCAUUAUGUGAAACAACAAUGGCUGUAAACUCCUUUGAUCACUGAAGAAUAGCUCAUCAAAAUAGCAACGAAGGGUAUUAGUUCUGGUU